AUGAUUGGAAUAGCUACAUCGAAAUAUACUGAUAAAACAGAUCAAUUUGCUAAAGAACAAUUGAGAAUUAAAAUAAUUCGACAAUCAGGUAGAAGUCUAUGCGUUAAAGUAGAAAUUAUCGAUCGAAAUAAAUUUUGUAAAUAUAUCGAUCACGAUGAAAAUGUUAAAUUAUCACUUUUUCCAAGUAAACCAAAAGAUAUACCAUGGUUAUUAACAACAAAACGCGUUACACAUCUUUUUACGUUUGAAACUGUAGUUUAA